AUGGGCCACAAUCUGUGGUUGAUGCUGGUGUCUUUGCCAACAGCAGUCAUGGCCGCUUCGCAAUACCUCAACGUACCUGAUCUGCCACCUUCGUACAACUCGCCUGAUCUGCCUCCGGGGAAACCUUUGGCACCACUGGCCUACAUGGUUGACAAUGAGGGAAACACUUACCACGCUGCUCCAGAUAAAGGGUCUUUAAUGGGCCCGAUCCUCGACCCAGAGAGUCUAACUAGAGCACACAACAACGAGACAACGCCACCACCGACCCCCGAGUUCAUGACGCCUACCAGGAAGCGCGAUGGAAACUUUUGGAUGGAGACUAUCUCUCACGGUCAUGUAGAAGCUUUGAACGCCGCCUCAAAGAGUCCCUUAGCACCGAGCGGGUAUCAAUUCUUCCGCAACGUUCGCGACUUCGGUGCCAAAGGGGACGGAAAGACUGACGACACAGUUGCUAUCAAUCAGGCGGUAGCAUCUUUCAGCCAGAGUGACCGGACCACCUUACGUUGCGGGCAAGAAUGCGGCUCAACUACGAUACUCAGCGCAUUAGUGUACUUUCCGAAGGGCGAGUACGUUAUCAGCGCACCCAUUAUGCAAUACUAUUUUACGCAGUUCGUCGGGGAUCCCAACAACAAGCCCACAAUCAAGGGCACCAAGGACUUUGUGGGCAUUGCAUUGAUCGACACAGACUACUACAUACCUAAGCUGUCCGGCCUGGAGUGGUAUAUCAACCAGAAUCAAUUCUUCCGACAAAUUCGCAACUUCAAGAUAGACCUCACAGGAAUGCCAGCGGGAAAUAUCACAGACGGCGAACAGACUUAUGCGCCCACUGGUAUUCAUUGGCAGGUUGCGCAGGCGACCUCGAUGCAGAACAUCGACUUUGUCAUGAGACAAGAUGCCAACACCACACAGGUGGGAAUUUUCAUGGAAAACGGCUCGGGUGGCUUCGUAAGCGACUUGACCUUCACCGGAGGCAGCAUUGGUUUCCGUUCUGGCUCCCAACAAUACACAGCGCGCAAUCUGAGCUUCAAGUCGUGUCAAACCGCCAUUUCUAUGAUCUGGAACUGGGGUUUCACAUGGAAGAACCUCAAUAUCGACUCAUGCCAUGUCGGAAUUGACUGCAGCUUCGUCGGGGGUAAGGACAAACAGGGUACGGGCUCUAUGGUGGUUCUCGACAACUCUGUAAAUGUCGUCGCUUAUACUGGCGGUGAUACCAUCUUUACCGGCUCCUCCGGUCGAGUCUAUUUCACGUCAUGGGCCAUGGGGAUGCGCUAUACGACCUUGCACGGCAAUGGCACAAAGGUGACGGGUCUACUGAAUCCAGCACCCAACAAGUCUAAGAAUCUCCUCGAUGGAACUAGCAACUUCUACACACGUUCUCGACCACAGUAUGAGCACGUGGGGAACUUCGUCGUGGCAACAGCCCAUGGGAUUGCCAACGACGGGACUGGCGACCAGGCGGGAGCUAUCAAUAGCUUGUUAUCUAGUAAUGUCGGGACGCCCAUCUUCUUCCCCGCCGGCAUCUAUCAGGUUCAGGACACUGUCAAGGUCCCCGUAAACUCAAUUAUUGUCGGCGAGGGCUGGUCGCAGAUCAUGGGAACGGGGCCAAAGUUCCAGGACAUGAACAAUACCCGUGUGAUGGUGCAGGUCGGGAACCGAGGCGACGUCGGUAGCAUGGAGAUAUCCGACAUGCUCUUCACUGUCAAAGGCCCAACCGCUGGCGCCGUUCUAAUGGAAUGGAAUGUGCGGGAGAAAUCGCAGGGUAGUGCUUGUAUGUGGGACUCACACUUCCGAGUCGGUGGUGCGGCGGGCACCAACCUGGGGCUUGAGGACUGCCCCAAAGGAACCUCAAUCAAUCCAAAGUGUAUUGCGGCCAGCAUGUUGCUUCACGUCACAGCAACGGCAUCAGGCUACUUUGAGAACAUCUGGGCCUGGACAGCCGACCAUGACAUUGACCAGCCUGUUGAUGGUGGCAAACACACGGACACGACAUUUACGCAAAUCAACAUCUACUCGGCUCGCGGCGUUCUAAUCGAGUCAGAGGGUCCGUGCUGGUUCUAUGGCACGGCGUCGGAGCACAAUGUGUUCUACCAGUAUCAGUUGCGCAAUGCAAAGGACAUCUUCUUUGGCCACAUGCAGACUGAGACGCCGUACAUGCAGCCGACUCCAGGCGCGCUCCAGCCGUUUACACCCAGCAAAUCUCUCGGCGACCCGACCUUCCCAGAUUGUGCGGAUGACGACAAAAGUUGCGAGAUGGCAUGGGCGCUUCGAGUACUGAGCUCUCUGGACAUAUUCAUCUACAGUGCCGGCCUGUACAGCUUCUUUAGCAGCUAUACACAGGACUGCCUAAAGACCGAAACUUGUCAAAUGGGGCUUAUCGAGACCAGUUACUCCCAGGGGCUGUGGAUUUACAACCUCUUCACGAUUGGGGCUGUGCAAGCUGUCACGCCUCGAGGUGGGUUGGUCCCUGUGUUGCAGCAGGACACGCAGAUGGGCUUUUCAACCGAGAUCAGCGCGUGGCUGGCUCUUGCUAUCUCUGGUGGCGAUCUAGGAGGCGAUGGGGGCUCCAGCGGCGGCUCUGGUAUUGUCUACAUUGACCCCAUCAUCUGGUUUGAGCCGAGUCCCACUCUGCAUUGCUUCGACCCCUGCACCAUGGUGCUGCCGCCGUCUACGCUCCCGUCCCCAGUAACGAUUGUCAUUCCUCCUCAGACCGUGACCGUGACUGUUGGUGGAGGCUCUGUCAAAACUGUCACAGUCACUGUGACGACGAUCACGACGAGCAUUAUCAGCUUCUCACCUGUACUCAUACCGGACGGGACAACGUCCUCAACCUUUGCCGUUGUUCCGAGCUUCCGCCCGCCACCCGUCACGGUUGGAGGGACCACAUACCCUGCGCCACGAGUUCCUUACCCGUUCAUUCCGUACUCGGGUAUAUCAACCGUCACCAUGACCAAAUCAUCAUCAAGCACCACAAGUGUCUGGCCAUUUCCUGUGCUUCCAACUACGGUUGUGACGUCGGGGUCGAUUACCCAAACCUUCACAGAGAUACAAAUCACCGAGCUGAGUAAGCUUUCACGAACGGUACAGCUCACAACUAGCUGGACUGGGUCGGAUUCGAGUACAACAACCACAACACCGGUGUUGAUCUGGAUCCAGACAGGCGGCUUCGCCUGGUCGCCGAUUCCUCUCCCAGGGCCGACGCCAUUCCCGCUUCCGCCCCUCCCGGGCCCACCCCCGUUACCAAAGCCCCCAUGCUUCAAGCUCUUUGGCAUCUUCUCCAUCAACUGUCCCCCCAAUAAGGGCAAUCCUACAACACACUACACUUCGGGCAAACCACAACCGACAUGCCAUAGCAACUGUGGCACCCUGGACCAGAGCGACGACAACGACUCGACAGAGACGUGUGCCACGGAGACACGCACGCGGUGUGAGAAUGGCGGCUGCGUCACUUAUGUCGGUUGUGAGUGCCGCACGUCGACAGCCACCGACUACUGGGUCUCGUGCAGCAGUAGGUCGUGCACUACCACAAAAUCCGAAGUCAUCACGGGCUGUCAUGUUUCUGCCACGGCUACUACCACAGGGUCCGGCUACUGCGUUGCGGACUCUGGCGCCGAUCCCUCCGACGAACAAGCAGACGACAGUUCGAACAGAGACUCAAAUGGCGAUCCACCGGCAAUCACCCCGGCGCCUCCUUCUGCCGUACAGGGCGGGAACACUGUCACUGCUUCGGGCGGAUCUGUCGUGAUCGGCGGAAACACCUACCCCAUUCCCACCAACGGUUUGCCCACCACCGUCAACCCACCUGGCGGCGGCGGAGCCGUCACCAUCUACCCCGGCUACGGCAUCACGUCCACCGACAAGCCUACCUCCACAAAGCCCAAGCCAACGAGCACCAGCCCGACCGUCAAGCCGACUCCUUCGCCCUACUACGACUGCGAGGGAGAGACGCUGUGCAGCACCACCAACGUUAAAUGGUGCGACGAGGCCGUGAACCGCAUGCAGCGCGGCAGCAAGAUCUACACGUCGAACCAGGCGGCGCUCGCGCUCGAGGGCAACUGUUGGGCCAACUACGAGCAGUUCGGCUGCAAGGUCACCAUCCGCGGCACCCACGACGGCGGCAAGAACUGCCAGAUCACGGGUGAUGACAUGUGGAACUCCUACCAGGACAUCCGCAAGGUCGGCGGCUGCAGCAAGUGCGGGUCCAAGCACUUUGGCGACGGCUGCCUUGUCUCCAUCGACUACUACUAUGGGUGCGACAACCGAGACUCUGGGCCUAACCGGAUGAACACGACGCUCCCGAUUCGGGAGGUUAUCAAUGGGACAAUUGUGAAUGGGAGCUUUGUCGCUGACGAAGAUGCGGCAGAAAUGGGGGAAGCAAACCUUGCAACGUAA